AUGGAUCUGAGCAGCUUGAAAGACCAAGUGAGCAAUCUCACGCUCUACGACCUCAAGGCCGGAUUCCGCAAAGCCCAAAAUGCCGUCAUGAACUACACUGAGAUGGAGGCCAAGGUGCGCGAGGCUACAAACAACGAACCAUGGGGCGCCUCGUCGACUGCAUUACAAGAGAUUGCCAAUGCGACGUUCAACUACCAACUACUCAAUGAGAUCAUGCCCAUGAUCUACAAGCGUUUCACGGAAAAGGCUUCGGAAGAGUGGCGACAGAUCUACAAGGCUUUGCAACUUCUCGAAUACCUGAUCAAACACGGCUCGGAGCGAGUAAUUGAUGAUGCCCGUUCUCAUGUGUCACUGCUCAAGAUGCUGCGACAGUUCCACUACAUCGACCAGAACGGCAAAGAUCAGGGCAUUAAUGUACGGAACCGCGCCAAAGAACUGGCCGAGCUCCUCAGCGAUGUCGACCGUAUCCGAACCGAGCGCAAGAAGGCCCGCGCGAACCGGAACAAGUUUGGCGGCGUCGAAGGUGGAGCGGGCAUGGGCGGCUUCUCUGGAAGUGGAGGCAGCAGAUAUGGUGGUUUUGGCAGCGAGUCGGCAGACUAUGGUGGUUACAGAGGAGAGGUCUAUGGAGAUGGUGGUGGCUUCGGGGGCAAUCAGUCAGGCUUCGCGGACACACAACAGCGACGGGAGCGAUUCGACGAGUACGAUGAGUACGACGAAGGUGAGAGCGCAAGCCCUGCGCCUGCACGAAGAAAAGAACCCGCAGCAAGCCGAAAAGAGGUCAAGAAGGAGGAGCCAAAGGCGAAGGCGCCAGAGCCAGUGGUCGAUCUGCUGGCUUGGGAUGAUGAGCCUGCGCCAGCCUCAACCUCCGCUGGCAAGAAGCCUGUUACCGCUGCAAAUGACGACUUUGGAGACGACGAUGAUUUCGACGACUUCCAGUCUGCAGCACCCGCGGUACCCGCAGCCAAGCCAGCUGCUGCGGCUUUCAACAUGGCCCCUCCAGCGUCUACGUCCACCAUCACUUCCUCGACCCAAUUCGCCGCACCACAAGCUCAGUCUGCUUCACAGAACAACAACUUGAGCAACUUGUUUGCUACGGUCUCGCCACCACCUGCUGCAAACAAAAUGAGCAGUCCACCAUCUGUGGUUUCGCCCAUCUCCCAGCCGCCCCAGCCAUCCGGAUACCAAGCAACAGGUCCAAACUACUUCACAUCUGUACCUCAGCCCACCCCUCAGUCAGGAGCCUCGACACCUUCUACCAUGUCCUCGGGCGGCCGCAUUGGAGGUGGAGCUGCUCCCAAGAAAGCUGGAGGCGACGCCUUCGCCUCGUUGCUUGGUGGGGUUGCACCUAAGAAGGCUUCUACGCCCACGCAAAAGGUCACUAUGGGUGAUUUGGCCAAACAGAAGACGUCCCAAGGGCUAUGGGGAGCUCCUGCAUCUUCCGCUUCUAGCACGCCUGCUGCCCAAACACCACAGUCGGGCUCUAAGCCUAGCGGUGCCCUAGGUGACUUGUUGGGGUGA